UUUGGAUGUAGUAAUGUAAACAUACAUAGUGAUUAUGUUUUCGCCAGAAUCGAGAGCAAAAAUCGAUAACCCUCCUCUUGGAGGUCUCACUUUCAUGCGCUAAACUAAUUUCUUAAUCACAAUUUAAAAAAUAGUCUAUUUUUAUGAAAUUCAUUUUCUAAUAGCAUAUGACAGAGCAUUCAAGAUUUUUAAGUUACAUAAUUACUUGCCGCGAGACUACCGAGUUUCUUGAUUGACGAUUAGGCGAAAGUUAUCGACCAAUAAGUGGACGGUAAUACUCGGUUACACUACUCACUGCAUUUAUCUCUGCGUUUAUCAUUACCAUUAAUUACCAUACUUACCAGCAAAGUUGAAUAUGGCUGACUUUCCAGAGUUUGUUAGUUUUUCGCGGCACAAGAAAAUACGGUGUAACGAUUAAAGAAAUUGCUUUCAUGUCGUAAAUCCGUGCACAAUGUUCAUCCAGAACUUGCCCAAUGACUUUUACAACGUAAUACUUGGACAUAGAACAUUGCUGCUGGUCAAUUUUGAUGUGGAUGCUAUUUGUGCCUGUAAAAUUCUGCAGUACCUUUUCAAAAAUGAUAACAUGAUUUACACUCUCGUACCAGUUCAGGGUGUUCAGGAUUUAGUGCAAGCAUAUACAGAAAACUGUGAAGAGGUGAGCUAUGUGAUUAUGAUAAAUUGUGGUGGUACAUUGGACAUAGUAGAACUUCUGCAGCCUUCUGAGGAUAUUAUAUUUUUUAUUGCUGAUAGUCACAGACCCUACGAUUUAUGUAAUAUAUAUUCUGAGGAUCAAGUAAGAAUUUUAGGUAAACCAGAUGCUGAAGAAGAUAUUCCAGAGUAUAAUGAUGUAUUUAGAGAUGAUUCAUCGGACGAAGAGGAACCUGAUGAUGGAGAUGAUUCAGAAGCAGAAGGUGAAGGUGAAGAUAGAAGAGUCAAAAGGCGAAGAUUAAAUGAGGAAGAUAUAAUCAGAAGGAGACAACGAGUAGAGUGGUCUAAAAAUAGAAGCGAUAUUCUUUUUCAAUACACACAGUAUAGUUAUUAUGGUAAAUCGAGUGCAGUGUUAAUAUUCGAAUUGGCUUGGAAAAUGUCAAAGGACUCACUGGACAUGGUCUGGUGUGGUAUAGUAGGAGCAACUGAACAAGCCAUAUUGGGUAAAGUAGAAACAAGUGCAAGCGUUUUAGAAGCUGGUAGUCUACAGGCUCACGUUUCUCGGUUGAGUCAUAGACAUGUAACUGAUGAAAAUCAAUCUCAACAAUCUACUGUGAAAGUUAUUUAUGAGAAAGAUCUACAAUUACCCCUUUACCGUCACUGGACCGUCGAAGCCAGUCUAAAACAUUCCAUAGUCACUGCUGUUUCUUUGCGAUUAUGGUCUGCAAAAGGUGAAAAACGUAUAAAAGAACUUCUAGCUGAAAUGGGUUUGCCGCUGGCCCAAUCACGGCAAAAAUUUUGCACAAUGGAUCUAAAUCUAAGACAGGAAUUCAAACAAAUGCUUGAGAAAUUAGCUAGCAAAUACAAUUUAGACAGUAUUGUAGGCGGCAGUUUCAUGUUACAAUAUGGAUACAGAUUUAAGUACUGUGCUUCAGAUGUAGUUUAUGCUAUGUUGGCAUUAUUAGAAUCUUCGACAAAAGAACGAUUACCUCAACGCUGCUUUCUUGACGCUUUAGACUGUUUAUCCAGGCUAAAGAAGGAUUCCUUAGAGCACGGUAUAGAUACAGCCAAGCAUAUGCUUGAGAAUAUUUUUCGAACAGGUCACACGGUUCUGGAGAUGAAAAAGAUAAAAAAUACAGGAUCUUUUCUCUAUGUGGUCCUCUCAGAAAGUGAUCCAAAUGGGCACUUAUUUACGCAUCCGCACUCACUCAUUUUAUUUGCACAAUUUACAUUGAGAGCAUAUGUCGAAUCUACGAAGAGCAGACGUGCACGAGGCUGGCCUCUGAUCGCCUGUGCUUCAAUAAAUUCUGACGAAGAUUCGUGUCUUCUUGUGGGGAUCCCUCCAAUUUCCGAGGAUCAGCCUAGGAGUCUUUUUGGACGAGCGUUCGAACAAGCUGCCAGGAAUACAAAUUCUUUUAUCGAUCCUGAUUACUUCGAUGCUACUAUUAUAAGACUGAAAAUCAAAGAACAAGGCAAAUUCUUUGAUGCUCUGACAGACCUGUUUGCGUGAGUAGCCAGAAAAUUGAAACAGCAUAUCAAUGCAAUUUUAGUAAUACUUUUUUUUAAUCAUCUCGAA